CCGGGCCGACCUCAGCUUUGCGGAAAUACUAUUUAUCCGACAGGCAGCCGCUUGCUGAGUCAUCCAAGUCCGAUAAGGCGACUAGAACAAGUAACAAGUAUCCCUCCAUUAGUACCUAGGGAAUCCAAGUUAAGUCUGUAUAGAAAAGCUAUACUGGUGGAGGCAGCUCGCUUAUCAUUCCUAUAUUUUAAUGGUUUGGAUAUGGAUUGACAGUUGAAGGUGGUUAUUGUUCCUAGCAUCCAGCUGAGUCUGCAUACUUUGCGUUACAAUGCUCUCCCCCGUGGCAGCAGCAGUUGCAGUCGUGGUGGCAUUGGUCUCCUUAGUCCUUUUUACACCCUCCUUACCCGGCUAUAUCGUGCGGUCAGCCCUUCAUUGGCUAGGAUAUCUCAAUCAGAAGAAAUCGGAGGCGAGAAGGGCACUGAUACGAGCUCGUGUGCGUGUCGAGGAGGAAGAUUACAGGUCGCGGAGAGCCAGACAAACCGCUGGCUUGAAGGUGGAAGAGGAAGAUUGGGAGACCGUUGACAAAGAUGGAGGAGAUAACGGACAGAGCUCAUCGGCAUCUAGCAGUAAUGGAAGAAACUGCAGUGACUGGGCUGGGAUUGUAGGGUUUUUUCAUCCGUUCUGGUGAGAUACGCAAGCUUCCCCCGCAUCUUCAGAGAUCAUAUGAAAGUUGCUGACACCCACCACACAGCAACGCCGGAGGAGGCGGUGAAAGAGUCCUCUGGGCAGCUAUAGCUGCUACUCAAAAAAGGUGGCCGAAGGCUAUUUGCGCUGUAUACACGGGCGACCAUGAUGUGGACAAAGCUACAAUGUUGAAAAACAUAGAGAGACGGUUCAAUAUUCAGCUACAUCCGCCCACAGUCGUGUUCCUAUACCUAUCUAUGCGAAGAUACGUGUUAAGUAGCACAUGGCCUCAUUUUACUCUUCUUGGGCAAUCGAUAGGCUCCCUGAUUCUUGCACACGAUGCCUUUACCCUCCUCGUUCCUGAUAUAUUUAUUGAUACAAUGGGUUAUGCUUUUGCUUCAGCAUUAUCUCAUUAUCUUUUUCCCAAAGUCCCCACGGGUUCGUAUGUGCAUUACCCUACCAUUUCAACUGACAUGUUAGAGUCCCUAGACGACGCAUCAGGUUCCAAAGGCCUGAAUUCAGGGGCGGGGAAAGGUUGGAAAGGAGCCAUCAAAAAACAUUAUUGGCGCUUGUUCGCGCGACUAUACGGCUUGGUAGGAUCUACAAUUGACGUUGUUAUGUGCAAUUCAACCUGGACAUCUGAGCACAUCCAACGUCUUUGGCUACCUUCAAGGCGAAGGCGAGGGAAUCAAUACCAAACUCCCAGUGUAGUCUUUCCCCCUGUUGCGGUAUCCGAACUAGAGUCAAUAAAAAUUGACCUCAGGAGUGAGCAACAAGUCCGACAGCCCGCCAUUGUCUACAUAGCUCAGUUUCGCCCUGAGAAGAAUCAUUCACUUAUCUUGCACGCGUUUGCGCGGUUUUUGAAGCAAUACAACGCUACAGCUGAGAGCCAAAAUGCCACAGACCCCAAAGCUAGCGUUGAUGGCGGCCGCCGCGCCGGUUCGCCUCAGCUCAUUCUUAUCGGCUCAGUCCGCCACCAGACCUCGGAUGAAACGCAUAUAUACAAUCUUCGCCUCUUGGCCCACGAAUUACGGAUUCGUGACAACACCACUUUCCUCUGUGACGCCAAUUGGCCAACUGUCAUAGAAAACCUUAGAAAAGCGUCUAUUGGCGUUAAUGCUAUGUGGAACGAGCACUUUGGUAUCGGGGUGGUAGAGUACCAGGCUGCUGGCCUAAUCAGCAUUGUUCAUAACUCAGGUGGACCAAGGCGUGAUAUUGUCGUAGACCUGGACGACGAAGGAGCCACCGGUUUUCAUGCUACGACCGAAGAUGAGUUCGCUGCUGCGUUUGAAGCUGCAUUAGCUCUACCAGAAUCAGAGAAGCUUGCUAUGAGGUUAAGAGCGAGGAAAUCUGCGCGAAGAUUCUCUGGAGAGCAGUUUGAGAAGAAAUGGCUAUGUGAGAUGGAGAAGUUGAUUGACCUACAGGUAAAACGAAAUGAGCGCACUGGUAACAUGUAGGGUUCCAUUUGGCCGACAAUGCCAACCAGGUGUCAUCACUUCUACCUGAAGGCUCAGCUGUUAGGUCAAAAGAACCAAGGAUUGAGCGAACGAACGACUGCAGGCCCCCGAGGAUCUCCCCUUGCCCCCACGGUACGGACCCUCUUUGACUCUUCCGGUCCUAAUAGCCUUCAUGCUCGGAGAAUAUCUCAUUCACGUCCUGCCCGGCCCAACCUGAACAGAUUCCAUUGGCUACAAUUGUUCUGAUAGAUCGCAUUAAUAAGACUUAGCUCACCACUACUGAAGCUGGCUCUUGUCCCACCAGCAACUAUUCAAUGCGACAUUUUCCAAGAUAAACUGAAAGAGGACCAGUAGCAGAAGCAAUAGUAACACCCCUCUCCGUUGUCAACCCGCCUGACGACGCCUUGAACCACAUACUGUGGUUCGCAUCCCUUCUUGCUUGCCCGUUGCUGCGCCGCAUGUUAUCAAGGCGGUUAAAGCUUGGUCAAAAUGAGAUAAAAAAAAAAAAUAUCAUUACUACGACAUGGUGAAAAUAAAGAAGGGGGGCAAAGCUGCAAAUAGAAAUCCAACUGCAAAAUAAACUGGUGCCUGAAUUUCUUUCUGGGCUGAUCUAUCGCUCGCCCCAAGUGGCGAUAAACCCUCGUUGGAGGGAGACUUUCAUGCAUUUACACUCAGGGCAUAUCGAUUUGAUGAGAAGCUCAGUUGAGAGCAUUUUCUUGAUGCGACCUGAUCUGGCACCAUGCAUUUAUCCGUGUGUACGGACUAAUGCACUUCGUAUGGGGCAGGGCGACAGGAGAGACAAGAGAAAAAAAACGACGAACGGCAUCACACCUUGAAAGGAAUAUUCAUGGCUAUGAGGUCACUCGGGGAGGUGGACCGCGAUAGUUCCCGUUAACCGCAUCUUCUUAGUUUGCUCUGGCAAGGAGUUGGAACCGACGACGUUGUACGGGAUAAGUGUGUAAAUUUUCGCUAUUCUCUGUGCGAGAUACUAAUACUGGGCAAGCUAGACAUGGGCGAGCAUCCCUGCCAGCCUCCCUCAGUACACCGUAUAUUAAACACCUUUGCACCUUAUUUCCGGUGAGGUCAAUUGGCUGCGUACAGGGCAGUCAAAUAGUUAUGUCGAGUCAGCCAUAGAUACAUGCCCAGUUCAUAUCGGCGAGUCAGGCAAACCAACCUAUAAUCCCAAGCACCCAAUCUUUAUGCGUGCUUGACAAAGAGAUUCAGGAGAAGGACUCAGACACUUAUUACGGAACAUUCCACCGUUGCAACUCAAGAAGUCUAGAUGCUAGCCAACUCUUCUGCCAACCGGGAGGCUCCCUUCGACAUGCCAAAAUGUUGGAUUCUAUUAUUUAAUGCCAUUCUACAGAGACAACUCCAUUCAAAGCCAAAGCCAAGAAUAAUCGUCCAGUGGUCUCCCGUCCUUUUUCCCUUUUCCACCUUCUAGUCUGUCGACUUGCCUUGAUGGGCUACUAGCUACAACUCAUCAAUGCAGCCAGACUCCACCUCCCUACCCGCAUGGAACCGUGAUAGAUGCGCAUGCUCAACAACCAGCAAAGUGUGCAUGUCCAGGCUGCAAAGCCAGGGGGUUGGUUCCCUCUGGAUGCACGUUCUGCAAGCCCCCCAGCAUCAAUACAAUGACAUUUUAAUAUCAGAACCCCUCUCUCUCCCCCCAGUUGACGCUGCGCCAAGUAUGCUCGCAUGCAGGUGGAGAAGAGGAGAUCAUUUAUGUUCUUUUCUUUUCUUUUCGUUCCUUUUUUCUAAGGAGUUUGUUUUUUACUCUCUUUCUCCCCUCUCCUCGGUCUUUCGUCAAACAAUAUUCAAUGCGCUGGGGAGAACAACAAGUCCGACCUUCCCCCUUUAUUGGCAAAUGCCUAAGUUGGCUAAUUAGCUGGAUUUUCAGAGCCAGCUAAUUGUCACUUAAUUUUGUAUUAG